AUGUGGAAGUCAUUAUUGAAUUACGGAAAUCGUAAAUUUUCGUUAGGAUUCACGGGAUCACUUACCCCUUCCGACCUUUUCAUUUCCAUUAGUAUCCUAAACGAGGAUUUAGGUGCACCAUGCACACUUACAGGCGAGCCGGUUUGUAAGCGCACCUAUUUAAGUGCUGGACUUAAUCUUUGGACAGGAUCACAGGAUCGCAUUUGCAAGAAAAUUACCUUUAAAACAUCCAAUGGACUCCCAACUAUCAAUCCAGCCACCCCACCAACUUUCGUGAUCGACAGUUCGCACUCGACACCGUCAAAUUCCGAGAGCAAUCUUCUGAACUCCCGCAGACAAAUAAAAAAAUGCCUCGUACACCAAGCCCCUACGAUAGACGAGAAAGAAGAUCGAGGUCUCCCUACGGAAGAGACAAGGACAGAUAUCGUGAACGAGACAGAAGAGAACGCCGAAGAACGCCCGAGAGGGGUGGUCGUUACCGAUCUCGUUCUCGUUCCCCCGGUAGAAGAGGUCGGUUGUUCUGGGAUUUCAACCCUUAUUGUGUUAAUAACUUUUUCUGCUUGUCGAACUAGUAAACACACCGUUACAACAGAAAAGCGAGCUUUAAAUUCUCGUACUUCUGAACGCGAUCGCAAGGAUGAAAAAUAUGAUCGUGAGCGAAGAAUCAACAAGUCACGAUCUCGCUCCCCCAGAAAGGACGAUGUUAGCAAAGCCUCUGGAGAACCGUCCAAUAAUGUUCCCGAUGAUAUGAACCUGGAUGAUGAUCCCGAGCAAGCAAUGAUGAAGUUAAUGGGACUAACAGGAUUCGGUUCUACGAAAGGUAAGAAAGUUCAAGGUAAUGAUUUCGCGGCAGUUAGCAUCAAGAAGCAACGACAAUACCGACAAUACAUGAAUAGACGUGGAGGAUUUAACAG